CGCAAGCGCACUGAAUCGUAAACAUGGCAGAAGUCAUUUCAGAGUGGGAGGUAAACCAAUCGCUAGGUUUACGGGGAUAUCUCUCAGGAGACUUCAGUGAUAUAGAUCAACAUGUUCAGUAACAGAUUUCCCCUGUGAGGAUUGAUAAGAAAAGUAAGAUGGAACUACUAGAGCUAGCAAGGCAGUUAAAGCAGGAGCAACUGUUUGUAAGUGCUGAAAAGUCACAGAUUCAUGGUCUGUAUGAAGAAGCUAAAAAAUUGGCAGAGGAUCUGUACCACGAAUCAUGGAUUGUACGACAACAGCGAUCAUGUCUGGAGCAACUGCAGGCCUCCUCAAACACUGUCACACCAAGGGAGUGCUACUACCAAACCAACAAUUUAGAAUUUACAAAUUUUGUAGACAGUUACAAACACCUUAGUUACCAUGAAACCAAAUAUGGGGAUUUUUUAAAGUUCUUAAAAGAUAAUCAUUUUAUUGUGGCAUCUCUCAUUGACAGUGUUGAGAAGGUUUCACAAGACAGCUUAAGAAAGUUCAUUUCUCUGCUGUUGACCUCAGUAUUUGGAAAUGUUGUUUUUACUGAAGAUGAAGUUUCUGUGAUUCAGACUGUCAGGCAUCUUGCAGAACUUCAAUUAACCUCUAGUGACAAUCCAAGAUUUCUAUUACGAAAAGGAAACUGCGGAUUCAGUGUGGCAGUAAAGCUAUUAUUCGAUUCUUUGUAUUCAGCCAAACUUUUUCUCACGGCAGCACUACACGACCCUGUGAUGAGAUUACUAAUGGAAGAUGAGUGGUUUUAUGAUAUAGACCCACAAAAAGCUCUGCACCGUUUCCCUUCCCAGGAAAGAGUACGGCGUUUUGGGGAACCUACCAGUGAAGAUUACGAGAAGAAAUGCAAUGAAUAUAGAAAAUUUAUAGUAGACAAAUUAGUUAUUUUAUCAAAUAGGUUUAUUCUGUCAAUUAAAAACAAUAUUCAUUGCUUCCCUUCAAAUCUAGCUUGGUUAGUGUCACAAGUAUAUCGGGCCUUGUUGAAAACUGGCAGACAUACUGAGGAGCAAGUUCGUGCAGUGUGUGCGGAUCUUGUCUUCUCUCUGUUCAUUUGUCCGGCCAUCAUUGAUCCUGAUCCGUACGGAAUCACAUCGGACAUCCAUAUCAGCCACAUAGCUCGACACAAUCUAAUGCAGAUAGCUCAGAUUAUCCAGGUCCUUGCUGUUUCUCAGUGGGAGGCAGAGUCCAAGGAGAAAGAUCUCUAUGAGAGGUUUGAGAAGGGUUGUAUCACCUCCUUGCUGGAUGUUUUACUAGAGGGUGUGGGGUCAGAGGUUGUAACCCCUCCCAGUAACAAUCACAUGAUCAGUGUAGCAAGAUCAUCAGUUCUCAUUACACUGCAAGAUCUUAAUUUUCUGAUAUCCUUGACUCGGACUCUAACCUCCAACCUCAGUGACAGCACAGCAGAGAAGAAACAGCUGGAGGAACUUCUAUCUCGUAUCCCUACCCUGCUCAACUGCCCCACCCCACAGGUUUCUGCUGCUAGUAGCAUGCCCCCAGGGUCACCAAAAGAAAAAAAGUCACACAAAGACAAGAAACAGCGAGGAUUAUCGGAGGGGGCGAGUUCGUUAGCCGGACAAGAUGAGAUGGUUAAGGAGAUUUUGGUGGUUCCUCUGAAUGUAGACUCGGAAUGUCCGGGAAUGAUGUCCGAACAGAAAGUGUUGUCCAUGGAUCAGGAAAACAAACCUCGGCGGGUCAAAUACCAUGACGUCCCUAACUACGAGGAGGCAGAGAAUGCUGGGAUGUUCACAUCCAAGAGGACGAGGUUCUCUCUCUCUCAGGACCAGGAAUCUAUUGACUUGUCCCUUACAGGAAACACCAGCGAGAUCCAGGAGGCGUUCUCGGAGGCCGCCUCCAGUCACUCCGUGGGGUCGGUAGAGGAAGAUGACGACAAUGACAACAUGUCAGACAUGAUCUCCGCUAACGUCAGUGGGCGGGGUACUCCCAACAUCAGUGGCCGAGACACGCCCCUCUCACAGGCAGGAAGUGUGGAGGAGCCCCCACCCCCUCAGAUGCCUCUCCCCGAAAUUCCUCCCCUCCCUGAAACAGUUCCAAAACCAAACCGAGAAGAUGUCACAGAUAGAUUUGGAAAAUUUGAAAUUAGAUCCGAAAUUGAGAGAGUGGAGACCAAGUCCACAGUGAGUGAUACAUGGAGCACAGAUGUUCUGGCCAGUGAUUCGGAGCCGCCACCAGAGGGGAACCAGUACGAUAGGCUAGAGGAACUAGUUCGUAGCAGCUUCCUCCCGCGACAGGAACAUGUGUCGGAGGUGUCGGAGACGGCUAGUGACGCCUGGAGUACGGACGUACUGGCCAGCGACACAGAGGACAAACAGGCCCUGUCUGAGUUUGAUCAGGAUGAUGUAGGUAGUGUCACAGACCUGGCCUCAAUCAUGUCAGGAGAUGCUGGGAAUCUGGAAAACUCUGAAGGUCGGCGCAGUCCGAGUGAGGAUCUACAGAUAGGGCAAGGGAUGGAGGCAUCGGGUGGAGCUGAGGCCGCUGUGCCCUUAGUCCCAGCAAAGAUCAAAGUCAACAGGAAAUCUGCAAAGCCUUUCCCCCACAAUGAAGUGUUUAUGGAUGAAGACCCUCUCCACCCGAGUGACAUUAACAGACUCUCCUUACCUCCCCCCAAACCUGUUCAAAGGUUAUAUCAGCCUCGGGCCAAGUCCAGUAAUCUCCUGGCUGUGCCGGAGCAUAGUUCUAGUCAGAAACAAGGUACACAUUCCUCCCAACAGACAUUUAAACCUCUGCUACAACCAGAAAAAUUCCCUCCCCCUCCCCAGCAGCAGGACAAGCUUCCUACUUCCCAACCCCUGGAACCUCUCCUGAUGGACAAAGCACCUCACGCUAUGUCAUCAGCCCCACCCCUGGACCUGGAUAAACUCCCUCACCCUGUUCCCUUACCCAGGCAGAAAGACCGAAUGACUCACCCACUGCCAAGCACGGCUUCAUCACAACCUGAUCGGUACUCUCUCCCCUCACAAUUAGAGGACAGCAGUAGUCUACAGUCAGGGAAUGCACAAUCUCUACUCCGUUUUUCUCAAUCAGACUUCCUCCCUGCUGGGAAAACACAAGAACACUUCAAACCUCCAGUGCCAACCAGUCAGUCUUCACCAAAAGUCAAUCACCAGGACCAAGCAGCAUUUGAUCCUCUCUCUCGACCAGAAAACGCAAGCUUCCUAGCAUUUGAAAACCCUAUGUUUAAUGGUCCAAAACCUCUGGAACGAGUUAGCUGUCCAGCUAUAAGUAAUGUUAAAAAAGACAUGGAUGAAAAGAGUUUAGGAACCAAGAAGUCACGAUCAGCUGUGGUUUGCGGUGCUACCUACAGUUUUUCUGACUCUGGUUUUGGAGGAACUCCUCGGUCCAUUGACUCCCAGUCACUUGACUCAUUAAUAGACACCUCAAACAACGUCAAAUUGUCUGAGCAACAGAACACUGCGUUCAGCACCAAGCGCCUGUCCGUGAUCAUGUAUGAUCCGAUUCCUACCGAGUCAACAGAAAGCACCACAGAGACCCUGAUUAACCUGGGAGGGGACGAAAACUCUGACCAAUCAGCCGUCAAAACCUGGGCGGACUCGGCAGCCAGCUUACAGCAGACAUUCCAGGUCGACUCUCUGAUUGAUGUCAAGGAGGGGAACACAAAGGGGGGUCCCCUACCUCGCUCCCGCCAGGACAGCCUCACCAGUGACUCCAGUGGCUCAGACGCUGUCCCUUUUGCCAAGUCCUCUAGGUCCGCAAGCUUUGACAAUGUGUCGGACAAGUCUGAGGAAAAGGAAGCAGCGGCUGCCAAAGAGAAGAGUCAGAGGGACAACAACAAGAGCUUCUUUAGGAACCUGAAAGUCAAACUCAACAAAGGGUCUCAUCAUUAUGUCUCCUCCAUUAUCCGAACAAGCAGCAGAUUUACUCAGCAGCAUCUGGGAAUGAAGAAGAAGUCCAUGAAGUCAAGUGGAGAGGACAGUGGGGCAGACACUCCCACUUCCUUGCUUCAAGAACCCAUCCUGGUGGAUACAUCUGUGGAUAGGGCAGAGGGAGGAGACCCACCCCCUAGAGAAUCCUCAGAAGACAUUUUAGAGAAAUAUCGAACCAAGCCUGCUGACAGUGCAGUGGUAUCCCAAGAGGUACCUCUCCCAAACAUUGAUGUAACAGCGAUGAAAGAGAAGAGGAUGUCUGUGAAGGACGAAGAUAUUCACGGACCGCCCCUCUACGACCCGGAAAAUCUUGAGACCUGUUUCGCAUUUACAGACACAAAACGGAAGCUGCGCAUAGUUCUAAGUAACACAGACAUACAGCUUGGGUAUAACCUACUGGAGUUCUCCCCUCAGGUGGGGCAGGAGGGGGUGAAGAAGGACCCUGCAGAAAUCUACAAGAUGUUACGAGGGCAGCUGGCCGAGGCGCUCAAUCUACAGGAUAAGGACCUCAUAGCUCAGCUUCACGAGGCCAUCCGCUGUGUCAGGCUCUUUGAUGGCGAAGGAUGUAGGAAAUUGGUGCGUUCUCUCCAAGAGGACUAUCAGAGUCGUGCUGCUUACGUUUCAUAUUUAAUUCGUUGUCGGCAAGGCCUGCUGGGAACCCACUCACAUCUACAGCGUCUUCUUAGCAGAAUCAAAAGGGACAAGGAGGUGUGUGGGAAUCACAUGACCAGAAUCUGUGUCAAGCUGUUCAUUGAAAAGAAGGAAAGCAGUGUUGUCAGAUUCAUGUCUGACUUCAACAAACUGACGGUAUCCGAUGAAAAGACUGACCAUGUAGAACAGUUUCUCCAGUACUUGUACCAGGCCAUGAAUCAGGACCCAGUGUGGCAAGCUGCCAAUGAGUGUCAAAUUGAGGAUGCACAGCUGGCCAUUGAGAGGUACAUCAUGAGUCGGAUCUACACCCAUGCCAUGUUCCCCAAUGGAGACGGUGACAUCAUGAGAGACCAGUUGUUCCAAGAACACAUCAAGAAGCUGAGUCAUGUCAUAACUCCGUCCCAUAAGGAUCUCCGGAUUCCGCGAAUGUACCAGUUCGAGUGUCCCUGGACAGCUGCCCAGAAGGAAAUCUACAUGAUUAAUGCUUAUAAGACCCCCAAGGACAAGGUCAAGUGUGUGUUCCGCUGUGCCACCACCAUCAUGAACCUCCUCAGUAUGGCCAACGAGAAAGCGGUGCCUGCUGCUGAUGAUUUCAUCCCUGUUAUCAUCUUUGUGAUCAUCAAGGCAAACCCUCCCUGUCUGCUGUCCACCAUUCAGUACAUACAGAGUUUCUAUGGUAACAGGAUCGGGGGAGAGGAGCAGUACUGGUGGAUACAGUUCUGUUCAGCGGUCGAGUUCAUCAAAAACAUGGACUACAACGAAUGACCACGGUCUAUAAUUAGUCUAUAAUGAGUGAUGGUUGUCUAUUUUAAUUUUACUGCAUUUUGACUUGUUUUUUGUGUUUAUUUGUCUUCAUCAAUGCACUGAAACUUUUCUUGUGUAGUUUUCCCUUGAUAAGUUGAUAUAAGUUGAUGCAUGACAACUGGUACCUUUUGUUUUUGAUUUGCAUAAAGUGCUAGUGUUUGUUAUUUUCAGUGUCUGAAAGCACUGAUCACUGAAGAUGACAAGCCGGUUCAUCUUUUAGCUGUUGAUUGACAAGAAAUGUGUCAGAAGUCUUUCAUUUAUGUGGAGAAAUAUUUCAAACACUGAAACCUUUGUUAACGUUAUUGUUGGGGUUCACAAUACAAUGCAGAUUGAGUUUUAUAUGUUACUAACGAUAUGUAUGGUACAGUCCAGUGUCAGAACUGAUAAAUAAUGUAAUGUCUGAGGACCUCGUUUUAGUUCAUUGAUGAUUGGUUGUCAGUCAGCCAAUCAGCAGCAUGUGAUGAGACCUGACAAUGGACAAUGAUGUUAUCUUUGAAACAUGACUGGUAAAUUACUUUUUAUACUUUGUUGUUGGAUGUAUUCUACUGGACUUGUACAUUAAAUCACAAGAUUCAAGAUCUACCGUUAACUUCUAAGGUUCACUCCUUGUACAUAUCCUUUGAUUUGACAUGUUCUCCACUCACAUAGAAUGGAGCCUUGUGGUCAGCUUGCUCUGAUUCAUGUUGAUUCUGUAUAACCUCAGUUUAACCCGGCCUAGGUUGUCAUUUGCUUCAUCAUUUUAAUGGCUAUUGAUCAUUGGUUGAGAAUAACUGUAGUGUAUUUUGUUUACUUGUACCUACACAUGUAUUUAAUUUGAAAACUAGGUAUGGGGAAUUGUCACUUUAUGGAAUAGAAAAUGAUUGGGAAUAUAAAUCACUAUUUGUAGAUGUUCAUGAAUGUAGGGAGGUCACAUAUAAACCUAUUAUGUUCAUCAACUGUACUUACCAGUAAUACCUGUGAACCUUAAUUUUUUAUUUUGUUAUUUCAAAUAGAAGCUGUGAUUGAGGCGUUUUAUAUAUAUGGAAUAUUAUAUAUACAUUUACUAGUUACAAGUCUUUUUUGAUGUGUCGGUACUCUGUUACAAAAUAAUUGGUGUUCACGUAAUUUUUUAGUCAGCCAUUGUCAGGUAACACGGUUCUCGUUAAUCAGUAUUUGACCAAUGCUCUGCUUCCCAAUCAUCAGUGCUAUGCAUCAUGUAAAGAGGGGAGAACAUGGACUCCGGAUCUCUCUCAUUAUUUGUGAUUUAUAAGACGAUGAACUACACAUUGUAUCACAGAAACACAUACUGAAUAAACUUUUACAAAAGUCUG